AAAAUCACUCUCCCAAAAUUUCAUUCCUCGGCGCAUCUGACGAGAACAUAUUGCGAAAGACAGAAGAUUCCUAAAUUUUGAGGAGGAGAAGGUUCACAGUUCUUCAGUCGACGACACCCUACCUCUACCACAGUCACUUCCAUCCACUACGGUAGCGCCAGUGACACAUCAACCAGGUAGAGCCGUCACAGUCUGAGAUGGAACGGUUCGGGCUCAAGAUUCCGGAGAACCAAACCAAACUUAGAUGCGAAGAGCAUAUUCGCAACGUGCUCUGCAGAGACCAGAGUCGCGCGGUGGGGCCCAGCAGGAGGACAGAAUCCGGGAAAGGCGACGCAGAAUGACCUUUUCACGGCGAGCGGGAUUCCGGUGACAUUCUGCACCGCGCGCUUGGACUUCUGUCAAGGGUUUGAGAAUGCAUAAAUUCAUGGACAUGGUCGUCUGGCGGUUCUAUUUCACUGCUACGGUGAUAGAUACAGGACGACCUCGAGCUCGACUUCUGGAGGUGCGGAUGGCAUGGCUGGGGCUCUUGGAAAGUGAACCGUGCAGCACCAAAUGAUCAGCGCCAUGGUGUGCUGUGCGAUGUGUCCAAAACGCUGCGUUUCGUCUCGGGACCGUGACCGGAGUCACGUGCCGCGAGGAGUAGUGGUGUCCUCGGAGUCCUCGCUCGCUCUGCGAGAUGACCUAAACACGAACGGCGAUUAGGUGUUGUCACCUAAUUUGCAGACUCGAGCAUGAGAUGAAGAGACGACCGGUGGUUGGAGUUCCCGCAGAAGAGCAGCUGCAAAGGCUCCAAUUGAGGUGAAGAGAUUGGUUGUUGAAGCUCGUCCUCAGUUGGGCAGUUGCAUCGAGAGGUUUGUCGUAAUACGACGUCGUUCUGAAAGUGCUGCCAAUGUUGGUGGGAAUAACGCACUCCGUUGUGUGCUGGGAUCACUGGGAUCUCAUUCUCUGGUCGUUACGUGCUCUUCUGCAAAAGAUGAAUAUCUUCUCUGGAAUCCCGUUUAACAACUUUCGUUCCUCCAAUGUUGCACUUUGUGUGGUCGGUUGGCCCGUUGUCGCUUCUGGAUCCUGUUUAUCAUGUGCCAUAUCCAACACCAACAUCUCCCUCUUCUUGACCCAGUUCCUCCCAGACCAGCACAUUAAGUCUCCAGAUCCGGACUAGACAAGAUCUCGGGACUUACAAAAUAUGCACUUUUCGCAAUGUCAAGGACAAAUCCAAGUACUAUUUCCUUUCUAGCGUCGCAGGUUUAGGUUCCGGGAUCCAACAGCCAGGACACGUCUUUUAGUAUCUCCUUUCGUUUUUAGGUGAGCUCUAUAAUAUAAUACUUUAUCUGGAAAAUGUAAACAGCAGAGUCGUCAAUCACUUUGCAAAGGUUUAUCCGGAUUGCUUUAUUUCAGAAAAUCACCUCAACAAUCCAUUCUAUGCGGAGUUUGUUAAAACUUUAUUGCAUAUUAUUUUUUCUGAUAAAAGUAUUGAAAGAAC